AUGGUGGCCGGAGCGUUUCCCUUAUUCAAGUUAAUGACAUUAGGAGUUAAACAAGUCUCCAAACCGAUCGCUAAUGCCAUCAAAUCUGGUGCUAAGCAGAGCCCUUUCUUUAGGAAGUAUGUCUGCGUUUUACCUGGUCAAGGGUUCCAUUGGCUGGAGACAACCGUCAAGAUGAAACUCCUUGGCCAUGUUGGCCCAAGUCAUAUCAAACCACUGAAUGAACAAGUUGCAGUUGAAUUAACAGCAGAGAUGCUGGGUGAAGGUUUUAUAUUUGGUGUUGGAGUAGCAACGUUGUUAUUUGAAUACAGAAGAUCUGCAAAGAAAGAAGAUCAAAAAGAAGCAGCACAAAAUAGCAAGAUUCUUGCAUUGCAGACUCAAGUUAGCGAUCUGGGAAUAGCUAUGGAGAUACAAGCAGCAGAGAUAAGAGAACUUAACAGGACUUUACAGGGCUUGAGAGGAUCUGAGUUAGAUGAGAAACAUAAGGAUAAAAGGAAAAAAUAG